AUGGGUUCCGAGAGCUUCACCGACAGGGACACCGUCUUCAAGAAGCUCCGGGCCAGAUCGGAGAACAAGGUACUGUCGGCAUCGGGAUCUGGUAUCUUGUUGGAGGGCUGAAGAUCUGGAGGGAAGGGGAGGUGGCUCCCCUGGUUCGGAUCGUCCGGCCGGCUCCGUAAUUGGCUAUGUCUUGUUUGUUUUCUUGACGAGGUGUGGUUUGCGGGUGUUUGGUUUGGCAGAUGUGCUUUGAUUGCAACGCGAAAAAUCCAACUUGGGCGUCGGUGACGUACGGGAUCUUCCUUUGCAUCGACUGUUCUGCGACACACAGGAAUCUUGGUGUUCAUGUCAGCUUUGUGAGGUAAGGAAGACAUUUUUCUGUUAGAUGACGGGCAUCAGUUUUAUGUAUCCUCUGGCGCGUACUUUGUUAUUCUCAGGCAUCUAGAUCCGUGCUGAGUAGUCUGGUUUCAUAUAUUUUUCUAGAUUCCAGUCAUAAAGUUUUCUGAAUUCUUGUAGUAAGGUCUAUCUUUUCCAUCUCGUUCAGCCCGUGAAAUUAUGGCUCAUUUCUGCCAUGAAAUCGGUUCUUAUCGGUUUGAAUUUUGUUGAGAAUUCGUACACAUGCAAUUUUCUCAUGGUGCCCAUGAUAUUUACUGUUGAAAUCAUGAGUUUGCUUGAUUCGCAUGAAGGCUAGUGUUAAUUGGUUGGCAGCAUAAAAAUUAGUGAUAAACCUGUAAAAGAUUUUUUUUAUUUGUUCUAGAUUGCCAGAUCAAGAUUGCAAAAUUUUUCACUGGAGAAUCUGGGAGGACUCGUUGAAUUGCAGAAAUCUCAUGGUUUUUUUCUUUACUUGGAUGCAUUGAAGGGAACUGACGAUAGAAGAGUUUUCUUAUCUUCUUUAAUGAGGAUCUAGGUGGAGAAAUCUAAAUAAGAAAUAAUCACGGUGUGGGCCUGCAUAAAGUAGGCUGAAGAAGAAAAGAGAUGAAAUUAAAAAAAUGAAAAGCAUUAUGUGGGUAAGCUUAGGAAAGAACGCAGUGAGCACCUCCAAUGAGUAUGCCAAGGAAGAAAAGAGAGGGAGUCUAAAGACCGAUAUUGGCCAUGUCUAUUGAAGAUGAGAGGCCUCAUAAACGAGAUAUCUGGCAUUGCAUGGCGCAUCUUACACAGUUUCUAAGAAAAAGUCAUCACAAUAAUUCGUAAUGAUCCUGUACCUUCUUCUCGAGUGAUUAAGUAAAUACACAAACAAUCCGAUAAUUGAUAAACAGGAGUGCAUAGAAAUAAAUAUUCCUUUUGAAAAAUCUGAAAUUCAGUUCAUGUUUAGAGCUUCUGGUUUCCGUCCAUUGGCGCUGAUGCAUGCUCUGACAUGUCUACGACAUCUUUGGUCAUACCAUUGAAAUAUUUGUGCUUCUUUACCUUUCCAUGACUGGGGAAAUAAUUUUCAGUUGAACGAAGAUAGAAAAGUGGCUGAUAUUUCAAACACUUCAAUCAGGAGACAUAGGUAUUGGCUACUGAAUUGGUCCUAAAGUUUCGGUAUUUCGAACUGAAAUACUACAUAUGCAAAUUUUAGAUUAUAAGUUCUACUUCUGGAGGAGUAAUUGCUUCUGAUAGAAUUGGAUUAUGCUUAAAUUAUGGUAGUAUCCCCAUUUUUUAUGUUCUUGGCGUGUUUUUUUUUCUGGUCAAUUUUUAUCUGAGGUUAUCAAAUUCCAACAUUAGCCUAGGCAGCUCUCUUCUUCCUAUCUUGAUCACUAAAGAUUCGUUAUCGUGAAAAAAAAAAAGAGUAAUUGGAUAACCCAUCUACCCUUGAUUAUUUAUUGCAUUACCUCUCACCUGCUGACAGUAACGAUACUUUCCCCUUUCCCUGUCGUUGCAAGAAUGGUCUUGAGCAAUCUUUUUUUUCCCCAUCUGCUAGAUUCGUGUUCCUUUAAAAGGGUGUGAAAUAAGAAAUGGGUCCUGGUGAGUCAAGAUCAUGGAAAAGAGCAUUGAAUAUCGAAUGUUAUAAGUGAAUGUACAGUGGAGGUGUAGACGGAGAUCCGGAAAUCCUCUCCAGCUUAUUAUUUGCUGCAUCUAUCCUUUGCAUUUUUCCUUUCAUUUUCACAUAUCGUGUUGAAAAGGUAACUAUGAGGUAGAAUGAUGGAAUCUUUUUUUCUAUAUUAUAUUUCAUUUAAAUUUUAAGUUUCAGUUCACUGGACAUGGGUCUGUUGGGUGUUUUUUCGUAUAUGUUCGCAUUGUGGAUGCUUUCAUGUUUAGAUUUAUAUUAUCUUAUUGACAGGCUGCUGCCCUAAACUAACCUAAUACUUAAUGGAUUGCAUUAUAUUGUGCUGAAUCUUUUCUCAAAAUGAUGACUUUUUUGGAAACUAACGUUGAUUUUUGCGAGUUAUGUAGAAUUUAUAUGUAUGCCCUGUGGAUGUAGCCAUUAUGUGAUUCGAAAUGUCCUCAUGUUUCUGGUUUGACGCUUUAACUGAUGUUGUUUCUUCUCGCAGGUCUACUAAUUUAGAUUCAUGGACUCCAGAACAGUUGAAGAUGAUGGCUUUUGGGGGCAACAAUCGUGCAAAUGUGUUUUUUAAGCAACAUGGAUGGACAGAUGGUGGAAAAAUUGAAGCGAAGUAUACAUCAAGACCUGCUGAGCUAUACAGGCAACUUCUAUCUAAAGAAGUUACUAAAAGUUCUUUGGAGGAUUCUGGUUCCCCCUCAUCACCAGUUGCCUCUCAGAACUUGCCAAAAACUGAUGGUCUUCCCGAACUCAAGCUUGAAGAUGUCUCAAAGGAAAAUAAAGUUGAACAACAUGCCGUACCUGAGAUUGUUCGCUCGCCAAAGGCUCCUCAGACGACAGUUAUCAGUUCCAUGAAGAAACCAAUUGGUGCAAGGAAGAUUGGGAGUAAGACUGGUGGUCUAGGUGCUAAAAAGCUCACUGCAAAGGUAGACGAGCCCUUUUGCAUAUUCCAGCUUGUAGCCGUCAAAAAUACAUUCUAGUGAUGUUGUUUCUGUUUAUCUUUCGAAAUAUUGGGUUGCAACGUGUUUUCAGUUAUUGUUUGACUUUCUUAACCAUGUCUAGCAUCUCAAUUUCAGCCGAGUGAAAGCCUUUAUGACCAGAAGCCCGAGGAACCAGCACCUGCUGUUAGCUCCACUGAUAGCACCACGACAUCCUUUGGCUCAUCCCUCCCCUCUCGAUUUGAAUAUGUCGAGGAUGCACCAUCUUCUAAAACUAUUGGUUCUAACGUAAUCAGGCAUGUUUCUCCGCCUAGAUCUUCGAGUUUCUUUGAAGAUUAUGGAAUGGAUGGUGGGUUUCAGAAGAAAACGAGCUCUAAUUCUUCAAAGGUGCAGGUAAAAACAUAAAUCAAUAUCUGUAUAGCCUGAGGUUUUAUUUUUCAGAGGAUGUGCGUGAAUUAUAGACUGACAGUCACUGGGUGAUAGAUAUUUUCAAAGGAUGUGAAUUUGUGGAUGCACAUUUCUGUUGAAAGGAUUUUAGACGUCAUUUUCAACAUGAUAAAACUUUGUAAAACUUUUUUGCGGAUAUAAUAAUUAUCUUUCAUUAUGCUUAAUGACUGCUCGAGUUUCCACCUUUGAAUUUGUCAAUUAUAUGUGUCAUUUCGUACGGUUCCUUUCAUUUCCUUGCAAAUUCUUCUUAUCUAGGGUCUCGGAUUUUUUUUUUUUAAACUUUCAAUCUCUUCGUAAUUUCUAUGCGUGUGAAAGAAAAUUGAAUUGCAGAUUCCUUCGUUGUAUAUAGGUUUUCUCUUUAUUAUUAUCUGACUUGCUUUGAUAUGGCUGGUUUAAGUUUGGAGAACGAGUAUUGAAUGUAACAUAAUUUGGACUUCCAAUCAAUUUCCUCAACCGCCAUGAUCGGUGUCUACAGAAUCCUUUGGACUGGAAUGCUUCAAAUCUUUAAGUCGUCGGCCUCUGAAAUCUCCACUUCUUUUGAUUAAACUAGGUUCAUUAUCUCCAGGUUUGACCCAGAUCUUCAUGCAUUUAGUGCGUAUCUUGGAGAGAUACUUCUCUCCAUAGUUCUGUGCCAUUUUUGACUCAGACCAGAUGACGAUCACAAGACCAGCUUCGGCUGAAGUUCAGGGUAAUAGCAGCAACAAGUUGACUUUGGAUCAGAGUAUGUGAAAUGAUCCAAAAAAAAAUCCAUCUGUGUUUAUAAUUAUUUUCCAAAAAUAGUCCUAUAAAGUCUCCAAAAAAAUUCAAAAAAAAAAAGAAGAUCCAUCUGUGGAAGAUCACCACCUUCAUAUGGGUUCAAAAAAUACAAUGUUCAUCAGUCUGUAUCAUUCCUUUCCACCAUAAGUUUCAUAAAAGGCCAUCCUCUAGGUUGGGAUCUACCUUCUCUGUGUGGAAGCCUACCAUCACGCUCAUACAAAUUUGGAGUAAAAUAUAUAUUGAUAAGAGCGCUCAUAUUAUGUUGGUUGUGAAUCGAAGUAGGAUGAUCUGAUUAUUUAAGGUAAUCUAUGCAGACAGUAGAGAGAGAUUCAUGAUUUUGCUUGUCAGACUAGAUCAGUGGAAAUGCAGCGGUUAUUUGUGUCAGAAGAGCUGCUUACCCUACUUAGGAUGUCAUGGGUAGGGGAUCAUCUCCAUGGACAUACAUGCCUGCCUUCUAAUGAUUUUUUUAAAAAAUAAAUCCAGAUUCAGGAAACUAAUGAGGCAAGACAGAAGUUUUUGAAUGCCAAGUCGAUCUCGUCAGCGCAAUUUUUUGGAGAUCAGAGCAAGUCUAAAGAUGUGGAGGCCCAGGCGUCUCUCCAGAAGUUUUCGGUAUGUCUCCACCAUGUAUUUUGUGAGAUGAACUCUCUCUCUCUCUCUCUCUCUCUCUCUCUCUCUCUCUAUCUAUCUAUCUCUUGAAUUUUGGUGAUGGGGUCGACCCAGUUUUGAAAAUCAGGGGAACUGACCUAAGAUUAUCCCGGGCGCCAAUAGAACAAUAUUAGAUCAUUCUUUGUUCAGAUGCAUUAGAGACCCACUUGUUGUUUUCUGAUGAUCAUCGCGAUGAACAGAACUCGUCGUCCAUCUCGAGCGCUGAUCUUUUUGGGCACGGCGGGGACAGUUCUCAGCUCGACAUCUCCGCCUCUGAUCUCAUCAACAGGAUCUCUUUCCAGGUACUCUCUCUCCCAGGUUCCAUAUCAUAUCAUAUGUAUAUACAUACAUACAUAUAUACAUACAUAUAUAUAUAUAUAUAUAUAUAUAAAGACAGGAAAUUAGCUCUCUUCUUUGGAAAAAAGGGAAAAAGAAAAGACCUUUUAUAGUAAAAAUAUCCCGAAUCUCAGGCCUCGCAAGAUAUCUCGUCGCUGAAGAACAUUGCGGGGGAGACGGGGAAGAAGUUGACCUCGCUGGCCUCCAGCUUCAUCACAGAUCUCCAGGACAGAAUCCUCUGA